CGUGACUCCACAUGCUGCCAAUUCUGGGUCACGGGUGGAGAAGUUGUGGUUGGUUUUAGAGGUGGUGGCUUUAUAAGUGUGCAUUGUGGGAAUCAGAGAUCCAAGAACCAGAAGCAGUGAAACAUUGAAGUGAUUGUUGAGUUAGAGAGAGAUAAAAGAUGGAAGCAAGAAAGUGGGUGGCAAUGGAAGUUAUGGUGUUGAUGGUGUUGGGUUGGUGUUGCAUGUGGAAAGGUUGCAAUGGUUUGAGUCUGUGUGAAAUGAAUGAAGAGGGAUUGGAAGCAUGCAAGCCCUCAGUGACUGAACCAAACCCAGUUGAUCCAUCACCUGAAUGCUGCAAAGCCCUCGCUGGUGCUGACUUGAAAUGCCUCUGCUCUUACAAGAACUCUUCAACGUUACCUUUUCUUGGAAUUGACCCAACUCUUGCCACUUUACUUCCUGCAAAGUGCAAUCUCACUCCUCCGGAUAAUUGCUGAGCUAAUUCCCUUUUCUCUUUUUCUUCGUCUUAUAAUUAUCUUUUCUCCACAUCACCAAGAGAGAAAAAGGAAAAUAAUGGUACUUUUUUUUUUUAGUUUCUUUUUUGGUUUACAAUAUUAUAAGAUGUGUUCUUCCUUUUGGUUGUGUACAUUAUGAGUUUUAUGA